CAAAUGGAUUAAGAAUCAUAUAUAAAGACUGUGCUCGAACAGAGUUAGUUAUCAGUCAACGUUCGUUCACGGAAAGACAGAAAUCAAGGAUCAAAAAUGUUCAAGUUUGUAAUGGUCUUCGCAGUUUUGGGAUUGGCAGCCGCCGUUGCUCCCGUUUCGCGCUCGGACGAUGUCCACGCCGAGGUCAAGGUCCUCAGCUCGGACGUUCGUGCCGAUGGCUUCGACACCGAUCUCGUGGUUGAUAACAGCAUUCAGCAAGCCGCCAGCGGUGACAUCCAUGGAAAUGCCCACGGUAGCUUCAGCUGGAUCUCGCCCGAGGGCGAGCACGUUGAUAUCAAGUAUGUGGCCGAUGAGAACGGCUACCAGCCCGUGGGUGCCGUGCUCCCCACUCCACCACCAAUUCCAGAGGCUAUUGUCCGUGCCCUUGCCUGGCUGGAGGCUCACCCCCAAGCUCCGGAGCACGGAGCUCAUCAUUAAGGCUACCGCUGGAUAUGGAUCGAUCAACGGACUGUCCUAUGGAUGCAUAUCUCCCUAGUUGUGUAGCCGUACUACUUGAUUUCCAGAAAAAUACAUGCAUAUGCCUAAAGCAGUAAAAAAA